CGGCUACCGGGACGCAGCUGACCGAGCAGCUCUGACAAAACAGACAACGUGUGAAGACGCUGCUGGGCUGAUGACAGACAUCCCAGGAGGAUAUGAGGAAGGAGUGGCGGCUCGUUUCUGGUUCUCAGAUGAAAAGAGUUUUCACCUUGACAUGUCAGCAGAGUGACACCUCUGUCCUGUCCUCCAUCUGUGCGUGCUGACACACUGAUGUCCAAACUGGGAGGACUGGGGGCCGAACGCGACGCAGAAGCACGAGGACGGUAACACGACCCCGACUGGACGCUUUUCCUUCCUGAUAUAAAAGAGCUGCAGGCUGCAGAGGGACAGAGAGACACAGAGAGACAGAGGGACACGGAGAAACUCAGAGAGACAUAGAGAGACACAGAGGGACACGGAGAGACACAGAGAGACAUAGAGAGACACAGAGGGACACGGAGAGACAUAGAGAGACAUAGAGGGACUCAGAGGGACACGGAGAAACUCAGAGGACCCAAAUCUGACCCAGAACCUCCAAGCUUCAUCAGGAUGGGACUGCUGAGUGUGGAAGAACUGGUGACCAGUAAGAGGUCAGAGGGCAAAGAGCCCAGCGACUUCCAGGGGGGCGAGUACGAGGCGGCCGUCAACCAAGAGAAGCAGGAUGACUGUCGGUCGCUUCAGGAGCUGCCAGGGGAAGGCAGAGCUUCAGAGGAAGAGGUCAGCGUGGUGGCUCUGAACACGGACAGAAGCGGGAGGCUGAAGCUGGAGACGGUGGACGAUCUGUUCAACAUCCUGCAGCUGAGGAAGAGGAGGAAGGAGAGGAAGUCUUCUGUGUUCAAGAAAACUGAACCGGAACCGGAACCAGUGCCAGAAACGGUGGAUGAGCAGCUGUUCCUCACGGCGGUUAUGGAGAACAAACUUCCUGUGGUGGAGAAGUAUCUGGCCAACAGAGGAAACCCAAACGCAGCCGAUAACUUCCAGAGAACUGCUCUGCACAAAGCUUCCUUCAAAGGACAUGUGGAGGUGAUGAGGAGACUUCUGGAGGCCGGUGCUGCCUUAGAGCAGAAAGACAAGCUGGAGGCCACAGCCGUCCAUUGGGCCUGCAGGGGAGGCAACCUGCCAGCCCUGCAGCUCCUGCUCCACCAGGGAGCCAAGUUCACCAGCAGAGACAAGUUGCAGAGCACGCCUCUUCACGUCGCUGUGAGGACCGGACACUGUGAGUGCGCCGAGCAUCUGAUCCACUGCGGAGCCGACGUCAACGCCAGAGACAGAGACGGAGACACACCAAUGCACGAUGCUGUGAGGAUAAACCGAUUCAAGAUGAUCAAGCUGCUGAUGAUGUACGGCGCCAGCCUCAGCACCAAGAACAGCGUAAGUCCCAUCGGUGCCGCUGGACUCCAGCAUGGGUCCAGGUCCAGUAGAGCUCAGGCUGGUCUGCUGCUUCUCUGCAGGAUGGAAAAACUCCAAUGGAGACGCUGUAUUCAUGGCAGAACGGAGCCAAGAGCCUGCUGUGUAACUUCAACGAGGAGAAGCCCUGAUGUCCUGGACUGUCUGCAGGAAACAGACGAUUCAGGGAUCUGAACCGGCAACCCGCUGGCUCAUUAGACCUUUGGUCUCCAUCAGGGAACAUUCACCGACAAUGUGAAGUCCAAGCAGGAAGAGUUUUGUCUCUUCAGAGUCAGCUGGACGCUGCUGGUCGGUGUCCAGCUGACAGAAGAUGAUUUCUUCAGUUUUUCUUUAUUUAAUAUUGAGCUGAGUUGAGUUCAGUGACGAUGCACCAGAAGGUGAUUAAUUUAUGGAUGAAUGAGACCUUUAUUUAUUGCCAGAUGUGAUUUAGCUCUAGCAUUGAGCGGCUCGUUGUGUUGAUCUGCACCUGAAGCAAAUUGUCUGCUUUUGUGCUGUUUAAGGGAAAUAAGUCAGAACAAAGUAAGUUUGAUCUCCAGGUUGGACAGAGUCUCUCUCCUUUCCUUCUAGUUUUUAUUCAUUCUGAUGAUCUGUUAAUGUAAAGUAAGGCCGUCCUGAUAGAUUGUUCAAAACGUUCUCCCAUCAGGCGACCAUUACGAUAUUCAGGCUCCUCUAAUUAUGACGCUGAUGAACAGAGAGACAGAGUUGGAAAGCUGCUGAUGGUUCAGAGGAAGUUUGACAUGGAAAGUUAUUGAAACAAAUGGAUUUUGUAAAAUGUCUGUAACUGUUGGUUUUUAUUGAUUGAAAUAUAAAUAUUUAAUAAACUCAUCUUUGGUUUAAACUUGUUUUAUUCU